CCAAUCAGUAGUAUUAUUAUCUCAAUUCACAAGUCAACUCAAACCCCGGAUUCCGACCCCGCGAGGCCAUCGCGAUCGCGGAAAUGGGUGGCGCUGGCGCCGGCGGGGAGGCGGAGGCGUCCUCGCCUCUCCUCCUGCCCCGCUCCGCUCCACGCCCCGCGGUCGGUGUGGAGGUGCGGCGUCAGGUGGGGCUCGCGGCGCCGCUGGUGGCGUGCAGCCUGCUGCAGUACAGCCUGCAGGUGGUUUCCGUCAUGUUCGCCGGACACCUAGGGGAACUCUCCCUCUCCAGCGCCUCGGUCGCCGCCUCCUUCGCUAACGUCACCGGCUUCAGCGUCCUGGUACGUGCAGUGUUGGGUAUGGGAAGCGCGUUGGAUACCUUUUGUGGACAAUCAUACGGAGCAAGACAAUAUGACAUGCUGGGGACACACAUGCAGAGGGCGAUAAUUGUUCUUAUGCUUACUGGUGUUCCUCUGGCCUUUGUUUUGGCCUUCGCUGGCCAAAUCCUUAUCGCUCUUGGUCAAAAUCCUGAGAUAUCAUCUGAAGCUGGACUGUAUGCUCAGUGGUUGAUUCCUGGUCUUUUCGCAUAUGGUUUGCUUCAGUGCCUUACCAGAUUCCUGCAGACCCAAAAUAUUGUCCAGAUAUUGGUAGCUUGCUCUGGACUUACUUUGCUACUUCACGUUAUGCUAUGCUGGUUGCUGGUUCAAAUUUUUGGCAUUGGCCACAAAGGCGCAGCUUUGGCAACCUCGAUAUCUUACUGGUUCAAUGUGGCAUUGCUAGUGGUGUAUGUGAAAGUCUCUGAAGCUGGCAGAAGAAGUUGGCAUGGAUGGUCAAGGGAAGCACUAAAGUUAAAGGAUGCCAAAGUAUAUCUAAAGCUAGCAAUUCCAUCAACCUUUAUGACCUGCUUGGAGUAUUGGGCAUUUGAGAUGGUGGUUCUCCUAGCGGGAUUUCUUCCAGAUCCAAAACUGGAAACUUCUAUUUUGUCAGUCAGCCUAAACACAAUGUGGAUGGUCUAUACAAUUCCAAGUGGCCUCAGCAGUGCAAUAAGUAUUAGAGUGUCCAAUGAACUAGGUGCUGGGAACCCACAUGCAGCACGGCUAUCAGUUUAUGUUUCAGGAAUCAUGUGCCUAGCUGAGGGCCUUUUUGUAGCUAUCAUCACAGUAUUAGUGCGAGAUGUCUGGGGUUAUUUGUACAGCAAUGAAGAAGACGUAGUGAAGCAUGUAUCGAUUAUGAUGCCAAUUCUUGCUACUUCUGACUUCAUGGAUGGAACACAAUGCACGCUAUCAGGCGCGGCUCGAGGAUGUGGCUGGCAGAAAGUAUGCUCGGUUAUCAAUCUGUUUGCUUACUAUGCUAUUGGUCUCCCUUCAGCUGUUACUUUUGCAUUUAUUCUGAAUAUUGGUGGUAAGGGCCUUUGGCUGGGAAUCAUAUGUGCUAUGGCAGUGCAAAUAUUUGCUUUGGUCGUGAUGAUGCUUCGAACCAACUGGAAUGAAGAGGCUGAAAAGGCCCAAGCUAGAGUUCAGUUUUCAGACGGCAGCAUUACAUUGAUCUGAAUGUCGUCAGUUGUGAUUAUACCACCCUUAAAGUUCACAAUCCGCAGUUCAUAAAAGAUGUGCACUGCAGAGGAACUUUCCAAACAAAGUUUGCCAAUUUUGGCUUUGGUGGGAGUAGAUGGAAGAAAAUCCAGGAAAACAGAAAUUGAAGUCAUAAAAACAUGUAAAAUAUAGCAGCAACAAGGCUUUUCUUUAUGUCUCCCCCCUCUUUCCCAGAUCGUAUAGUUAUGGUUCACGAUUAUUUAAAGGCAGACAGUACACAUCAUUAAUUUACUAUUAUGAUGCAUUGUUUUACCUAACCCAUUGUCCUUUCCUUAAGGAGGUUACUCUGCUAGUGUAGCUUCGAUCUUAAAGAAAGCAUUCAAGCAUCUGAUGUAACAGUCCAUCAUGCUUUAGUUGUUGAUACGGAUCUCUCGGUUAUACAUAUAGAAUGAAAAGGAGAAAGAUUUAGGCAAAAAAAAUUGAGAAGGUGCACCAUUUCACUAUAAUAUGCCCACGUUCUUUGGGAGCUGUAUUGUGGACUUUUGUUUAAUAAAGGUGGGAUUUUUGUGUUUCAACAACGCAAUGAAAUCACCGACCCUGUGUAUUCCCACACAUUUUACUGAACCAAAAAUAAUAAGAAAAUGAUGUGCUACCUGACCAAAGAAUUUUGAAGAGAAUUCUUGAAACAUCACUGUUUUGAGUGAUAAUGAUAGGGCCACAGUACUGGUGUGAAGUAGUAUGAACAAUGUAACCUUAGAUAUAUAUUUGUCUCACACGUUCGUCCCCCCUGCUGCACAGAAGUCUCCAGCACGUAAAGCAGUAUCCAAGUCAGAGCUUCCAAUGGAUAGCAUCAUUACCAACCUUGGAUAACAUACAGGACAAAAAACAACAUGCACAAAUUACCUGCCCUAAUCGAUAGCCUCCAAAAGCUGCAUUUGCUCUAAUGCUUAGGUCUAUCUCAAAAUAUUGUCAAAGGGGUGAACCUGACAAAAGCAGAGACAACGAUCUCUGACCAAGAAAGUUGCAUAUUGGUGAAUUCGUAUUUUCAACGAGUGCAUUCAUUUUCAGUUGAACAGCUGCAUUUCGUUCUGAGGACCAUUGUGUUUUUGGCCAAACAGACAACGAUGCUUUUGCUGAUGUUCUCCAUUGCCGUCAUUUAGCCAUCCUAAUUCCUAACUCAGGAUUUCAGAUUCAACUUGUAGUGAAAUAAUGAAGCUCCAGCCUUUAUAUGCAUAAAAAGUUAGAGCAUACAUUAUAGCGGAAACACAGUUUUUCUUGAAUGUACAGGUGACUGGAAUAGUUGAUCUUGUAGUUGUAGCUCUACAUGAGUCCUUGGGUUCAAGGCAGUACGCAGCAGCUCCAAGCUUGACGCCCUGGAUCUGGUAGGACUGAACUAUCAUCCUAAAAGCAGGGUACUUGGCUUACAUGUGAGUUCUUGGAGUACGUUUCUUUGUGGCUUCUGCAGCUCAAUGAUGGCAUCGUGAAAGGCGAGGAAGCAACAGAAGUUUGGUAGCUCUGGAAGUGGAGGGUGUCGUGGACGCUGAGCUGUUUCCAGAUCUGAAAUACUCCACCAUGCUGACCGUCUGGGUUAAUCAUUCUCAUCUGAAAUAUAUUUACUACCCCAUCCAUUCCAAAUCAUUACUCAUUUGACUUUUAUAAAUCCCUAGUUUUUAUAAUCUCUCUUAGACAUAGAGUAUAUUUUUUUGCUAUAUGCUACUUGGAAAUGCCAAAGAUGGAGCAAUCAAACUUUCCUGCGACGCUUCAGGAGUUGCAUCGCCAGGGAUGAUGCUUCUUGCUUCAGGAUGCUGCCAUGGUCGGUUGCGUGGGCGUUUUCCGGAGCUGAUCGAUGGCAUGCUAUCUCGUCUGAUUGUCACGUUUUUGUAGGAGUAGAUAAUAAUCUCUGGUUGGCUCAGAGGGAAAAGAAAUGACUCCCCUUUCGGUUGGUUUA